AGGGAGGGGAACUAAAAGGACCCGUAGGAAUGGAUCUCGAGAUGAGGGCAAACUGGGUGAGAAAAGAGAAGUACAUCGCUGGCCCAGGAUUGAUGCGCUCGGCACUAGCUCCAUGACGGUUCGAAAUUAGGCCAUGCACGGGCCAUCAACUGCCGGGACUUGAGCUUUGUUUUUCGCCUCGCUUCCUCUGCUUGGCCAUUCCCGCAGAUGACGUCUUGAGCUGCGUUAACGGUAGUGCAUUCCAACCAGUCGCCAUUCUUCUGUUCUUGCCGGCCUGGACCAACCCCGUUCGUGUUCUUCGCCCAUUUCUGCAAUGGGCUUGGACAUUUGCGGGUGAGGCGAUCCGACCCGGCCUGUUCUUACCCCUUACCCCCCGUCGCAGACCAUUGCCCGGCACUGAGGCCCCGGAUUGGCCCCCCUCCGUCCACCAUGCCGCUCCAGCUUCCUGGCCCGACGACACCCUUGCACCUCUACCGCCACCUUCUUCGCGAAGUCGGCUACCUGCCGCCGGUGAUCCAGCCUUGCUUGGUUGAUCGAAUCAAGCUCAUGUUUCGCCGCCAUCGCAAAGACCAGAACCCCGGCGCACGACUCCGGAAGGCCGAGAAUAAGCUGCGCACGGUGCGCGCCGCCGUUUCCGGAGACACGGAUCGCCUGCUACACCUAAUGGGUAUUGCCUUUGGGCGGCGCGGGUUCCGCAGGCGCCAGUUGCUCUCCGAAUUCCUCCAGCUCAAGGCCCAAGACGGCGAGCCUCCUGAGGAUGGAGCAGCCUUCGACGCCCUUAUCCGGGACCGCCACACGCAAGCCCCCACAUCUAGCCAUUCUCCAGAGCAGAACUCGGGUGGCAAACGGUACGGUGCCCUGCCCGCGCCGGACUGGCUGGACAAGUGGGACACGGAGAAGCUCUUGCGGUUGUUGAGGUAUCAGGCCCAUGCGCCCGGCACCACCAGGAAGGCAAUCAGCGGAGGCAACCUCGACCCGCGAUCAAAGGUGCCCGAGAAGAAUAUAUGGGGUCGGCCAUUCCCAGCAAAACCGGCCAGGACCAAGAUGAAGAAGUGGUGGGUUCACAUGGCUGAAAGGGCGCUGCCUCCCUUGCCCGCAGUUGAAUGGGAACUCCUGCAAGCUCUUGCCACAGGCACGCUAGAGUCGGGCCGGAGUAUCAUCCCUAGGCGACCUGUGGCCCAGACCUCGGCGGCGGAGAGCGAGAUACGACGCUUGGCUGCCCAGGCCUGGGAUAUGGAAGCCUACCUUCUCAAGCCCACAAUGUGGGUGGACCGCAAGUCGUCGCGUAAGCAAGUUCUUCUCAGCGGAAUCCCGCAGCAAAACGACGAGUUUGGUCACGCCGGCGGUACCAGAACCGUAUCGCAUGGACAGGGUGGUCGAGCUAUCAGUGCCCGUGCUAUGAAGCGCCUUUACCUCCAGGUGUGGCAAGAGUCACCCCUGAUGGAGACAGACCCAAAGUCGCCGGACAAAUGGACCCUGCGAUACGGGAAGCCCCCGGCCAAGACACAGGUCUCGGCUUCUCACGCCUUGAUAUUUCAAGGUGUUGAUCAGAAGGGUAUUCCGACUAGGCCGGCAUGAGCUUAUACACAUAUCCAUCUCUCCACCCAUGCUGGCCAUCUAUGCCGCAGGUGCUGUAUAGGUGCUUUUUCCCUCCACCCUCGCCAUGUUUUCCCUUUGCGUUUUGGUCCCUUUUGCUGUUCAUACGCCGACAUGCAAUGAUACCCCCCAUUUUAGGAUGACUUUUCCAG